AUGCAAGAUGUAUUUGGAAGUGAUGGUGAAGGUGUAGAGGAAGUUGAAGCUGAGGUAGAUCUUGAAGGUGAACUUGUAAGUGCACUUGAGGAACUCGAAAAGAUAAGGAAAGAAUACAAAAAUAGUAAGAAUGUUGCUGCACAGGAACAAGACAUAUUCAACAAAUAUAUUCAAGAGUCUGAGAAAAUUAUUGCCAAUCUAAAAGCACAAGUGGAUGAUGCUAAAAUAAUUAAUGAAGUAAUAAAAUCGGAUUUUGAUGCCAAGAAGAGUAGGUGUAAGGAGUUAGAAUCAGAAGUGGAGACAAAACAAAAGGAGUGUCAGAAGCUAGAAGAUGAAAUGGAAAAACUCACAAAAGAGCUUGAGAAGUGCCAAGAUGAUCUCAAGCUAAGAAUGAAGUAUGAGGGCAGCACAAAUGAAUUAAACAAUAUGUUGAAUAAGUAG